AAGAUGAAAUAUGUCAUUAUUGAACUACCCUAUUCCCAUUGGAAAAUUCUACCCAAUCCUGAAGUUACGAGUUACAAUCCUGGACUAACCAAUAGAUCGAGGCCAACUUCUGUUUAAAUUAUGUGAGCUUCGGUCCACGCGUUACAGGGUGCAACAGAGACUAGAGAUCCUAUCAUGUCUAGGUGCAAUAAAUUUCACAUGCCGGCUGUACAGAAUCAACAAAUACCAUUUAAACCAUACUAGAAAUGAACCCAAUCGUUCACUCCCUUUUAAAGGUCAGCUACAAAUGGAUCUGUUUAUUUGGUAACUGUCCAUUCAAUGGGAUUGUGAAUCACUUGUUUGGAGUGAACGGCAACACCGCAUAUAGGUUUCCUCGUAGCAUAAUAUAAGAAACGCAGAUGGAGAAAACAGAGCAUGGAGGAGUUGAAGCAAAGCAGAGCAGAACCAAUGGCCCAACAUACAUUGGGGUUGAAGCACAUUAAGGUAAAAACAGAUGAUUUUCAUGAAGAAGGAGAGGAACCCUUGUCUCCUUAUGGAGCCAUAUUUUGUAAUCCUUUGUUGGAUGCUUACAUCUUGAUUAUAAUGGGCUUAAAUAAACCAGUUCAUGUGCCCUCCAUGAAAACAGCUCUGCAAUCAGUUCUCAGCAAACAUAAGCGGUUUUCUAGCACAGUGACAGAAUCUGAUUGGGGGAAUCGGAAAUGGGUGAGGAAGGAAUUUGAUAUAGAUGAGCAUAUCAAAGAAGUAGAGUUGAGUGAGAAGUACAGAGAGAGUGCUGAUUUUGUGGAGAAGUUUACAGCCUCCCUGGCCACUGCUUCACCGCCUGAACCCUCCAUUCCUCUAUGGCAAAUCUAUGUAUUAAAUUACAGAUCAGCAGAGGCAGAAGCCAGCGUAGUUUUUAAAAUCCAUCACUGUAUAGGAGAUUGUGUGUCUCUUAUGUCCCUCUUUUUGGAUUGCACCAGACAAACCUCAUGUCCAGAGUCCAUGCCCACCAUACGAUCUCUGCAGAAAGGAAACAACAGUCCUCCGUGGACCUUGACUGCCACUCUGCAAAAAAUGUGGACCGUGAUAUUUUCUUUGUGGUGUACUGCGUUGACUUUGCUACAUGCUUUUGCAACUCUCCUGUGGUUUAAAGAUGGCAGAAUGGUUAGAGGACGCCAAAACCUAUCCUCUCAUCCCAGGCGUCUUGCUCAUGUUACAGUGGAUCUUAAGGACAUUGCCAUUGUCAAGAAGGCUAUUAAUGGGACAGUGAAUGAUGUUGUCGCUGGAAUGCUUUCGGCUGGAUUCGUGAGAUAUUUCAACCGCUUACGUUCCAAAGAUGGAGAACAUUCCAAAACUCCACGGAUUCGAGCACUUGUUCCAGUGAAUAUCAGAUCAUCAGGAGGACUCCAUAAGAUGGAAGAGAUGAUGAAGAAUGGUAAGAAAGCGAGGUGGGGCAAUGCAUUUGGCAUGUGGAUUCUCCCCAUUGAGGUAAAGCAGCAACAACAAUAUCUCGAGUAUUGCAGGCUGGCGAAGGAUCAGUCUGAUAUGAAGAAGGCAUCUUUCGAAGCGCCAUUCACCCACUCCUUUGUAGACUUGUUGCUUCGCCUCUUUGGAUGGCAGGCACCUGCUGCCGUCACAUUGAGAAUGUUGUAUAACACUACGCUUGUGUUUUCAAAUGUAUUAGGUCCACUCGAACAAGUUCAGCUCCUUGACAAUCCAGUUUCUCACAUAGUUACUACAGUCUCUGGUCUGCCCCAGGGAUUAGUUGUGCAUUUCCAAAGCUAUGCAGGAAAAGCAAAGUUCAUAGCAAUGGCUGCUGAUAAGAUUUUUUCAGAGCCUGAUAAACUGUGCAUGGAUUGUGCUUAUGGUCUCUCCCAAAUGAAAAAGGAGGCUCUUCUUCUGAAUGACAAUACCAGCAAUAACUGAUGUACCAUCAUCAUAUACUAUCUACUAUCUCAUACGGUCGUCUUAUUUGUACUGUCCUGCAACAAAAUAUUUGCAGUUGCCAACCUUUUUUAUCUCCUAUUUUAAAAAGGAACUACAAGUUCAACAGCAGGAGAUGCCACCUUGUGUUGUAGGUAAGCUAUAUUUAAGUAAAAGAGAAAAGUACAAUAAGCCCACAUAAUCAAUCUCAAUGUUAAAUUUGUUAGGUUUUCACAUGUC